AUGAAUAAAAUCAUUUUAUUGUUACUUUUUAUUUCAACUCUUUUUCAAAUAGCAUAUAACUGUUCAUGUCGAUAUGAGAGACCAAAAGAUUCAAUGUGUUACACGGAUUUUAUUUCUCAUGUUCAAAUAAAAGGUGUUACUCGUCUUAAAGAUUGUUAUGGUAAACCUUUAAAACAAAGUAUGCGUGGAAUUAAGUAUUAUGUAAAGCAUUUGAAAAUUUAUAAAAAGCCAAGAAAUAUCAAGCUUUCAAAUUAUAUUUAUACAGCUUCAAAUCAUGAAUUAUGUGGAUUUACAAACUUGAAAAAAGGUGAAAAAAUUUAUCUUAUGGGAAAAAUAGAUAAAACAAAAAAAUUAUCAAUAAGUAUAUGUUAUAGCGUAAACUUUUAUUCAAUGAUAAAAGGUAAAAUUUCGGAGAAAGAUCUUCAAAUGUUAGAAAAGAAAAGUUACGAACCAUGCAAAUAA